AUGAAGUUUCUCAGCAUUGCAUUGAUAGCAGGUCUGCACAUCGGCGCAACCCUAUGCGCACCUAUCACAGCACAAGGCAUCGCAGGACGAUCAACACAUAAUGUAAUCUCUCAGCGCCAAAACAAGGGAGGCAACAGCAACAACAAGGCCGGGGCCAGCGGGAAGAGCAGUAGCAGCGGCAAUAGCAGCGGUGCGCCGAGCGCAGACGCGGUGCAGCAGGCGGCGGACAACUUCGCGAGCGACGUGUCGACCGUGUCCAACUCGCUCAACACGCUGGGGACGACCACAGACACGGCCACGCGCAAGAAGCUGGCCAACGCCGGCUUCAAAGCCGAGUCCGACGAGGACAACCAGCGCUCCGUGCUCUUCGCCGCGGGAGCCAACAAGGACGCCAACACCAAGAUCCUGGACAACACCCCCACCGUCCUCGACGGCCUCUCGUCCAUCGCCAAGGACCCCUCAGACGACAACACAGCCAAGCAGCUACAAACCAUGGAGACGGCGAGAAACGCAAAUAUCCUGCCCAGCAUCACCGCGCUGACCAACAGCGCCUUCAAGGCCACCGGCGUCGACGCUACGGCGCAAAAGUUCCAGUCCACGACGGGCAGCAAGAGCAUCAAGGCCACGAUCGCGUCCGAGGGAGGCGCCAGCAGCAGCAGUGGCGGUGGCGGCGGCGCCGCAUCGCCGUCCAAGAGCGGCAGUGGUAGCAGCGGCAAUACGCAGUCGACCAAGGGCGGUGCUGCGACGGCGAGUGCGCAGAAGGGAAACGCGAAGGGCAAUAAUUAA